AUGAGACGAAUGUGCCUUCCCAUUCAAUUCGGUGGAAGGUUGAGUCCCUCCCGCCAUGCACAUGUGAUUGUGCCUUGUGACGUACAUGACAGUCAAAAAAAAAUGUAUAAAGGAGGCAGCUGCGCCCUUGCACUGACGGGGCGGGAUUCAGUUCACCCUCUCCCCUCGCCCGCAUCCAGAUCUUCCAGACCCAAAGUCUCUCCACGGCCCGCCAAAUUCGAACCAAUACCUAUUUUCCCAACCUAUCACCCCAAAAUGCCCCUCAAAGGCUACGGCAUCUGGAAAGGCACCCCCACCAAGUGGGACGGGACCGCUAAGCCCGGUCACGGCCACAUCACCUUCUCAGACACCACCUCCACCCGCCUAGACGCGGCAGUCAACAUCGAAAGCAAGUCUUCCGACUCCCGUCUCGUCUACUGGGUCAUCCGCGACCUCCAGCCAGUCUCAGCAACCUUUACCCACUCCCUCCAGGCCCUCCCACGGGGUUUCCACCCCCAGAAGGGCACACUCGAAACCGGCAGCCUGGGCCUUGACUUCCUCCGCCUGAACCUCUUCCGCCCCCAAGAUGGCAUUCUUCUCUCACACAACACGCCCGGGACGAGCCAUAACAUCCUCGACUAUCUCAACCCAAUCCUGAACCAAGCUGUCGUACAAAAGGCGGACAUUUACCUGUUUGGCGAGCCGUACAAUGACAAGACCGGGAUUCAUGAUAUCCACAUGAAUCAAGGGAACUCGGGACAGUGGAAGAAGGACAAUGGAAUUUUUCAAGACGGCGGAAUCAUCCUGGCCUUUCCUGAUGGUCAUUGGGAGGGCAUAUUUCUUGCGUUUGCCGUGCAGACGUACAAGACUGAUGAGCAGGGCAUGCCGGUUGGCGACACGUUUGCCAAGUUGCUGGGUGGAGGAAAGCAGCCUGGUGAGAGUGAUGAGGAAGAGCCGGAGCCGAUUGUAGGAGAUGGGAUCAAGAUUGAGGCUGCGUUGGUCAAUCCUCAUGGACCGGACCAGCAGCCUACCAGGGGAGAUGGGGAGACGGUGUACUUGCUUAAUCGUUCUGUGACGACGGUGGACUUGGAGGGUUGGAGGAUUGAGAAUGGGUCGGGGCAGAGUCAUGUCUUGGAAGGAGUGUCUUUGGCAGUGCAGAGCAAGAAGGGAGUUGCUGUGCCCGGGGUGGCGUUGGGUAACAAGGGAGGGGUCAUUUCUUUGAAGGACAACGGCGGAAAACUGGUGCACCAGGUCAAGUACUCGAGAGAUCAGGCUCAGAGGGAGGGAGCGCUGGUGUAUUUCUUGCAGAAGUGA